AAUCCUCCGCGCUGCCCGGCGAGAAGGUGACAGGGGACGGUGAAAAUGGCCUCUGCCUAUCUUACCCACCAGCAGAAAGUGCUGCGGCUUUACAAGAAAUCACUGAGACAUCUCGAGUCAUGGUGCAUUUUUAGAGACAAGUACCGGUUCUACGCCUGCAUGUUGCGGGCUCGCUUCGAUGAGAACAAGAAUGAGAAGGACAUGGUGAAGGCCACCAUGAUGCUGAAGGCAGGAGAGGAGGAGUUCUGGACCAACCAGCACCCCCAGCCCUACAUCUUCCCCGACUCUCCCGGAGGGACCUCCUACGAGAGAUACGAGUGCUACAAGAUCCCAGAGUGGGUGCUGGACCACUGGCACCCCUCAGAGAAGGCUAUGUACCCGGACUACUUCUCCAAGAGGGAACAGUGGAAGAAACUGAGGAUGCAGAGCUGGGACAAAGAGAUCGCCCAGCUGCAGACUGAGACUCCAGCCGAAGGCCCCAAGUCCGAAGCCCUCCCUCCAGCCCGCAAGGAGGGCGACCUCCCCCCUCUGUGGUGGCAGUUCGUCACCCGCCCCAGGGAGCGCCCCAUGUAAACACCUUCCGCCUCCUGGAGAUGGUCACCCCUGGAGUCUGAGGGGAAACUAUGCCAACCACACAACAACAACAGCAGCACGGAGACCGCCUGACCUCCUAAUAAUUUACCAUCUGUGUGUAUACGUGUAGUCAGUCGUCUCUAAGGAGACUCACCUGCACAGGUACACCACUGAGAAAACAACCUGCCUGAAUUCAAAGUGAUUCCUCAGUAGUUUGUUUUAGCAGGUUGGUGACUUUGAAAAAAUCCUGUAGAUGCUUCACUUAAUACCUUUAACUGUUCCAAUAAAUGUGUAAUUAAAAUUA